AUGGCUGGCUCCGACGGCGCUUCGUCAAUCACCGUCGCGGUCAGAGUCCGACCUUUUACGAUCCGUGAGGCAGCCCAGAUUUCGAAGUGCGAGGAUGGUCCGCUGUUCCUCGGCGAUGGAUCGCUGGCUGGCGUGCCCGCGCCGAAGCUCAACCAGAAAGGGAUUCGGUCAAUUGUCAAAGUGAUCGACGAUCGGUGUUUGGUGUUUGAUCCUCCAGAGGACAACCCCGUGCAGAAAUUCUCCAAGAGUGUGGUGCCCAACGGCAAACGCACCAAGGACCAGACUUUUGCCUUCGACCGGAUCUUCGACCAGAAUGCCUCGCAGGGCGAGUUGUACGAAUCAACGACCCGCAGCCUCCUCGAUAACGUCCUCGAGGGCUACAACGCCACGGUUUUCGCAUACGGCGCGACGGGAUGUGGAAAGACCCAUACCAUCACGGGAACAGCGCAACAGCCGGGCAUCAUUUUCCUUACAAUGCAAGAACUGUUCGAGCGCAUUGAAGAGCGCAAGGACGAAAAGUCGACUGAGCUGUCCCUAUCCUAUCUCGAAAUCUACAACGAAACCAUCCGCGACUUGCUCGUCCCCGGAGGCACUAAAGGCGGCCUGAUGCUCCGCGAGGACUCCAACCAAUCGGUCUCGGUGUCCGGUUUGUCCAGUCACCACCCUCAGAACGUUCAGGAAGUUAUGGAUAUGAUUGUGCGCGGCAACGAAUGCCGCACCAUGUCCCCCACCGAAGCAAAUGCCACCUCUUCCCGAUCGCAUGCCGUCCUUCAGAUCAAUAUCGCCCAGAAAGAUCGAAAUGCGGAUGUCAACGAACCUCACACUAUGGCGACUUUCAGUAUCAUUGAUCUGGCUGGAAGCGAACGCGCGAGCGCGACGAAGAACCGGGGCGAGAGGCUGUUCGAAGGUGCAAACAUCAACAAGUCUCUGCUGGCCUUGGGAAGCUGCAUCAAUGCACUUUGUGACCCUCGGAAGCGCAACCACAUUCCUUACCGAAACUCUAAGCUCACUCGGCUGCUCAAGUUUGCGCUCGGUGGCAACUGCAAGACGGUAAUGAUCGUUUGCGUUAGCCCCUCGAGCCAACACUUUGAUGAGACGCAGAAUACUUUACGAUAUGCCAACCGAGCGAAGAACAUUCAGACCAAGGUCACUCGGAAUGUCUUCAAUGUCAACCGACACGUGAAAGAUUUCUUGGUCAAGAUCGAUGAACAGAUGAAUUUGAUCAACGAACUCAAAGCACAGCAGAAGGACUACGAAAAUGUCGCUUUUGGCAAGUUCCGGAAGCAGACCGAGAAGAAAGACGCCGUGGUGCGCGAGGGCGUCGCCCGCAUUCGCAACGCCUACGAGCACACCCUGCCGGAGAGGCAGGAGAAGUGCAACCACAUGCUCAAACUACGACAGAUCAGCCGUCGGAUCGGUAUUCUGUCGUCGUGGAUUGCUGCCUUUGACAAUGUGUGUGCUUCGCGGGAGAACGAGGAGGGCUUGUCCAAUUUGUACGCGAUUCGCAAAUCCGCACAGGGCAUCCUUCUUGAGUUGGAAGGCAGCAGACACCAUUACAACCAACGAUUAGCGAAGAGCAGCUGGGACCGUGCGAUGAACUCGGCUGUUGAAAAUGCGAUCAAACAACUUCGCGACUUCGACAUCAGUGAUAAUAGUGAUUUUGCGAACCUGGACCGAGAGGCGGAGCUUCUCAGGUCCAAUGCCGAGCGUGAGGCCCUGUCCGCCGUGGUCGAACAGGACAAGGCCGGCGAAGCCGCUGCCGUGCAGGUACUGCUGCAGGCCCAGUUUGAGAUCAUGGCCUCGAUCGAGGAUAUCAUGCAGCUCAAUGCGACGGAAGCCAUUCAAAAGGGACGGUCAAUUCUGACAAACAUGAUGGACUCUUGCUCGACGGCGGCAUCUAACCUUGUCAAGCCAGACGGCAACAUACCCGUGCCGCCAACUGUUAGCCCUUCCAAGCCAGCAAGCCCUCCUAAGCCGAAGAAAAGAUUCAGCCUGGUCAGCUUGCCUCCUGCAAAAAACCUGAACCCUCCCGUCUCGCUCGCCCCGGCUGUGAGUGCAUCGCCCGUGAAGGGCUCACCGCGUCGCCGCAAGGCCCCUGCCGGCCGGAAGAGUGUCAGCUUCACCCCGAAGAAGACACAGGUCAAGGCUCCCAAGCGAUCUGUCCGGUGGAAGGAUGACGAGCAGGAUGGCACUCUCACUGAAUUUCAGAGGACUCCUCAGAGAGCCGUCUCUGUCGAUGAAGCCAUCUCGGAAGAGCCGUCUUUGCCCCGAGGAGCAUCUCCUAUUCCACGAAACAUCCCGAGAAUCUCCAGCCCAUCGGGCACUACUUCUCCGGCGCCGGUGCCCUCCGAGUCGACCUUGAACAUCCCGAAGAACAACAGCCGAUUCAAAGCGGGAUUCUUAUCCAAGAAGAAUGGCAGCUCACCGCUGGGACCACCGCCCUCGCACACUCUGCCUCACUCGGAUAGCGACAACUCCCCGCUCCGUGAUAUCGAGGGCAGCAGUUUCCUGAACCGUCCCUCACGGAUCGCUGUCCGGACUUCCAGCGGAGGUUACUCGAGCAGCCCGAUCUCCGAGAACAAGGACAACUGGAAGUCAGAGAAGGAGGAUGCAAUCAAGAUCAACUCGGCCAUGCGACGUAUCUCUAGCGGACAGUUCGGCCCGCCAGCCUCUGCUGGCAACUCCCUGCGUGUUCACCGUCGUCGGAGCCCGAGCUCCAACACAUACGGCGCCUCUCCGGGUGAGAACACCAUGUUUACCGCGUCCCAGGCCCGACGCAUGGUCAAGAGCGAAAAGGAGAGCGAGGCCAAGCCCCGGGUGCUGAGCCCUCGCACUCUGCCGGUCAUGAAGAACACGGGACAACGACGCACCACCCUGGGAGGUGAAAUCCGAUCGCGAGAUGUUAGUCUGUCCAGCCGCGAUGCCAUCCGGCUCAGCGCGAUGGCGACCCCUACUAUUGAUCGUACCCCCGAAGCACUGGCUUCCAGCGGGCUGCGAUGA